AUGAGACUUCUAUUGUUGACGAUUUUUCUGUUCGCGCUAAACUCCGCACAAUGCCCAUCGAGAUAUUUCUUUGAAGCUGACUUGAACACUUGCCUCUACUAUUCGGGCAAGCAGGAAACGUUCUCUGCUGCCUUGGGCUUUUGCCAAGCGAACUCUGGGAACUUGCUCUCGAUUCAUUCACCUUUCCAAAAUAACCUUCUCGCACAAAUCCAAUACAGUGAGACGGUUUUGCGCGGCUGGUUGGGAAUUGUAAAAACAAAUGGCACUUGGCAGUGGACAGAUGAGACACCGCUUGAUUAUUUGAAAUUUCAGUCAAAUGAUGAUGAUACUCUAUCUUGUGCUAUCUUGGACUCAACAAAUUCGAUGUGGAAAGCGGUGAGCUGUGAGGCAACGUAUCAAUUUUUAUGCUCCGCUUCUCCGACAUCGAUUAAUCAG